AUGUUAAAUGAAAAUGAGUGUUGUUGCAAAUACAUUCAUUGUAACAAAUCUAAUUGUAAUGAAUAGAGCGAAUUCAAAAUUGGUAACUUUAGAUUUUGGAAUGAAUUAUUUAUUGAAUUGAAUUUUAGUGAAGCUAAGAAAAUCAUUGUCAAAUAAUAUAAUAAUCUUGAAUAGAACAUUGAGGUGUAAAAUAAUAGAAUAAUGAGUAUGUAAUGA